GCUACCCAACACAAGAUUUCCACACAUCUUGACACGAUAAGAUAAGACCCAUUUUGUAUGCAUUCAAUCGUGUGACGAAAAGAAAAAGAAUAAACUCACCUUUAUCUGCGAUGUAUCAGCUACCAAACGCUCAAACCAAACCCCGUUAGCUUAACGUUUUGAGCAGAGAAAGAGGUGCACUUUGUUAUUGCUACUGCAACAAUGUCCGUUACAGCCGGUGACGAAACGUCCAUCGCAAGUAGUCCGAAAUUAUUGGGUAAAGGAGCCUUCGGUAUUGUUUACGAAGGAUCAUGGAACGGAGAGAAAGUGGCCAUCAAGCGGAUCGACAAGACGGAAUUCCUCGUUUUAAACGAUGCGGCUGUCGACUCAUCCAGCGGCGGACAACGAAGAGAGGAAGAAAACAUGAAAAAGUUGGACCAUCCCAACGUUCUCAAACUCCUUCACGUUGAAAUUGAUGAGAAUUUCAAGUAUUUUUAUCUAGAGUUUUGCGAAGCCACAAUUGGAGAUUACAAUAAAGGAACUUACACCGGUCCUAUGCCGCCAUCUGAAGCCGAUUCCUUACAUCAAAUGGCCAGUGGAUUGUCUUACAUUCACGCGAUGGGCCAAGUGCAUCGAGACAUCAAAGAAGACAACGUCUUAAUCCACAAAUCGUCUGUUCUCAAAAUUUCCGAUUUUGGCUUUUCGAAGCCAACGACGGCCAGCGGCAGCUACUCAUUGAAAAGCGGCGUUAAAGGCACGCAAAAUUACUUUUCGCCCGAGCUUCUUAGACUAGCCGAAGAACAAGCUAGUUUCGGUAUAUUAGCCCAUCAGAGGAGCAACGUUUCGUCCGACGUCUUCGCCCUAGGAUGCGUCUUUUACGGCUACCUAACCAAAGGUAAACAUCCGUUUGCCGAUCCAAGAGGAUCCUUCUUCAUUCCGGCGAACGUUCUGAAAGGAAAAUGCAAGCUCGAAGUGAUUACCGACCCGCUUUUCCGGUCCAUUGUCGGGGGGAUGAUUGCUUCUAACCCUGUCACACGCUGGAGCCUUGACGCGGUUGAACUACAGUUAAAACCUCGUUUAACACAAAAUUGUUAACAGAUGGAUUACGACAUAUUUCUUGAGUUAUUUUUCUUUCCACUAUAUACUUUAAUUAUCUAGCGAUUCAGAUAAAUGUAGACCAUCUCCAAAGUACAACUUAAAUUCCACAUAACUCAAACAACCCACAAUUAAUUUCCCUGCAUUCACUGCUGUUCCAGCCCUCUACUCAACUCUUGUUGCAGCCAAAGAUGCUGCUUUCUCCAUUCUCACGACAGCCAAAUCUCCCCAAUCGGUGAAUUAGUGCAAUUAAGCAAAUCAAAUCGUUAAUCCAAACCAGUUCAGGAAAUUGCCAGAAACCGGCAGUCAAAUGGAAAAUGUCCUGCAAUUCUUCCAUUAUUAUUAAUUGCUAAUGAUGAUUAACUACAAAUUAUUGGUUGGGUACAAAAACAACUGCAAAAUACACUUUUACUUCAGUGCA